AUGGCUUUCAGCGCGUGCUCCCUCUGGGCUGGCCCGCGGCAUGGCACCUGGUCACGGCACCCGGCCCGGCCUUCGCGACUCCCUUGCCGCAAGCCUGGGCUGGGUUGCGCAACGGCAAGUGAUUCGGAAGCUCCCAGAAGCAGCAGCGGCGAUGGCGCCGGCCCCAGCAGGGCCAACGCCGCCAGCCUGCCGCCUGGCCGCCUCAAGCAGCUGCGUCGUGAUGGUCUGGCACUGAAGGACGUGAUCAAGCUGGGGCGGCGAGGACCUGCAGAGGGGCUGGCCAACCAAGUGGCGCGGGUGUACUGCCACGGCAAGCACGCAGCCAACAUGAAGGUGCUUGUGCAGCAGCUGGAGGCGGCCACGGGCGGCAUGGUGGUGCACAAGGCCGGCGGCACGGUGCUGCUGUACCGCGGCGACGGCUGGCAGGGGGGGGCGCAGCCGCUUGCAGGGCAGCCGGUCCAGGAGGGAGAGCAGCAGGAGGCGCAGCAGGGAGAGCAACAGCCUGUGGCUCCUGAGGAGGCGCAGGCGCAGGCGCAGCCACAGCCGAAUCCUGGCGCAUCAUAA